CGUCUAGUGACGUCAGGAGCGUGUAUAUAGAUGGUUGCACGGGAUUUUAUUAAAUAGUCAGAACUGAGACGCGGUUGGCAGUUUAGCAACCGUCAACAAGAACGAAUUUUUUUUUAGUAUUUAUACAGUGCUUGCCCAAGACAGCUGACCCUUAAAAAAGUAAAUUACCGUCACCAUGAGCUACACGGCUGCCGAAAGCACCCUGGCAACUAGCACUUGGGCAGCCACCAACCUGUUCUAUGUGCUGCUGGUUCCUGCAAUCCUCCUUUGGUACACCUACUGGAGGUCAUCCAGAAGACGCCUAUAUGAACUUGCCGAACAACUUCCUGGACCAGUAGGUUUACCGCUGCUUGGAAAUGCUCUGGAGUUCACUGGAGGGUCUGAUGAAAUAUUUAAGCGAAUGGUGACCAAGAGCAAUGAGUUUGAAGGUGAGAGUGCCGUUAGAAUCUGGAUUGGUCCUAGGCUUCUUGUAUUCCUGUACGACCCACGGGAUGUCGAGCUCAUUCUGAGCAGCAACGUUCACAUCGAUAAGGCAGAGGAGUACAGAUUCUUCAAACCUUGGCUUGGAGAAGGCUUACUUAUCAGUACUGGUCAGAAGUGGCGCUCCCACAGAAAAUUGAUCGCACCUACUUUCCACUUGAACGUGCUUAAAAGCUUCAUCGAUCUUUUCAACGCCAACACCAGGACCGUGGUUAACAAACUCAAAAAGGAAACUGGCACCUUUGAUUGUCACGACUACAUGAGCGAGUGCACCGUUGAAAUCCUACUCGAAACAGCUAUGGGUGUCAGCAAGAGUACUCAAGACCAAAGUGGAUUUGAAUAUGCAAUGGCUGUAAUGAAAAUGUGUGACAUCUUACAUUUGAGACACACUAAAAUUUGGCUGCGACCAGAUUUAUUGUUUAACUUCACUCAAUACGCUAAAUUACAGAAUCAAUUGCUUAGUGUGAUUCACGGAUUGACAAAGAAGGUCAUUAAAAGGAAGAAGGAAGAAUUUAAGAAUGGCAAAAAGUCAACAGCUACAGCAGUAGCAGAGGAAAAUGGGUUAAACAAAGAUGGCUUACCGGCAAAGGUAACAUCCGUCGAGGGACUAUCUUUUGGUCAAUCAGCAGGGCUUAAGGAUGAUUUAGACGUUGAUGAGGAUGUUGGACAGAAAAAACGCCUUGCAUUUUUGGAACUUCUCCUUGAAAGUGCACAAGGUGGAGUUGUUAUAUCCGAUGAAGAAAUCAAAGAACAAGUGGAUACUAUUAUGUUUGAGGGUCAUGACACAACUGCUGCCGGAAGCAGUUUCUUCCUCUCUUUAAUGGGAAUCCAUCAGGAUAUUCAAGAAAAAGUUGUCGAAGAGUUGGACCAAAUUUUCGGUGACUCAGAUCGACCUGCGACUUUCCAAGAUACCUUAGAGAUGAAGUAUUUGGAAAGAUGCCUUAUGGAAACCCUUCGAAUGUUCCCACCUGUACCAAUCAUUGCCCGACACUUAAAGCAGGAAAUUACUCUACCAUCCAACGGCAAGAAAGUUCCAGCUGGAACUACAAUCGUAGUUGCAACCUACAAACUACAUCGUCGCAGUGAUGUAUACCCGAACCCUGAAAAGUUCGACCCUGAUAAUUUCUUACCAGAACGCUCGGCGAAUCGUCACUACUACGCCUUUGUACCAUUCUCCGCUGGACCUAGGUCAUGUGUCGGUCGUAAAUAUGCGAUGCUAAAACUGAAGAUACUUCUAUCGACCAUUCUGAGAAAUUUCCGUGUUUACUCUGACCUGAAGGAAUCUGAUUUCAAACUUCAAGCUGAUAUUAUCCUGAAACGAGCUGAGGGAUUCAAAGUACGCUUGGAAGCUAGGAAGAGAACAGCAAAGCCAUGCUAAUUGACACUGAUAAUAAUCUACUUGAAUAAUUAAUAUACUUAGUAAAACUUUUAUACAUUUAUAUUUUGUUUGCAAAAGUACUAAAUGCAUAUAUAGAAGACAACAAUUUGUGUUAUAAUGUAACGACAUUCCUCUUAGGAUAUCGACGUUAAUACGGUUCAAAUUCAAGUAUAUUGCGUAGUUUUUAGCAAUUAUUUAUAAAUUUUCAACUGAAACGUAUAAUACAGUCCGUAUUAUAUCGAUUCAAGUAAACCUACCGUGGCCAUCAAACUUUAUGCACUCUUAGUUUGAUUCUAAUAAGCGUUUUAUAUCGUCAUGAAAAAGUGUAAUAAAAAUUACACUUAUUAUAAUUGCCGAUAUAAAUUUCUAGACGUAUUCACGACAAACACAUAAUAUUUAUGUAAUUACAAACCUUGACAGGCUAUGGCUACUGGGUAUGUUAUACAGUUUUAUCUAAGAACCAAAGGAUAAUAAGGUACUUUAAAAAAAAAAUUCCUUAUACUAUAGUAAUUAUAAAAAAGAAACAUAUAAAAAACUUCACAGUGUAUGUUCCAAUGUUAAUUAAAUAAAAUGAAAACAUUAAAAAAAUCUUGGAUUUAGAGCUCCUACUAGACACUGGGAGCUCUGGGAAUCAUGAGCAAAAGCCUUUGUGGCCUUAAGACACUGACCUUUAUCAUUCUCUGAAAGAACGUAGAGCAGAUAUUUUUAAAGUGGUAGUUAGAGUGGCAGUUAGUUUCAAAAAAUGAUACAAAAGUUAAAUUAAAAGAUGAACUGACAAGGGUGAAACUUUAAAUGCAUUCACAAGUGCAUGAUGUAGGCUCCACAUAAUUUCACAGAAACUUGCUAAAUAUAUGUUGAUAAAACUACUUUAUUUUAGUAAGACCUUUGCAAAAGUAGAGAUUAUGUGAUUCUUAUCUUUCAGAGAAAGAGUUGCAUGUUUUAGCUUUUUAAACAUGUGUAUGUAUUAGUUCCAAGUAUAUAAUAUUAUAAUUAUAUUCCUAACUGUGCGCACGUUAUAUUUACUAUAUUUAGUGUUAAUAUCUUUUAUCAUGUUGUGAUACCAGUACUGACUAAAUUAUUGUUAGUUUUAUUUUUAAGGAUCUAGGGUGACAACUCAUGGGAGCUAGAAAGUUUUAAGUACUAAGACUUCGUUUUCUUUUCUUUUAUAAAAUAGCGUAGGUACCUAUGUUAAAUUAAGUAAAUUAAUGGCUCAUAAAUAAAUACUUAUUUGCAUUUGUUAUUGCUUCUAAAUGAUGGGUUAUAGUGAAUAAAUAAACGUUUAAAAUUA